AUGGGAGCAGCUGAAGCAAGAGCAUUGUGGCAAAGAACAGCAAGCCGUUGCUUUGCUGUUCACGAAGAUGCUAAAAUGGCUCCGAGGUUAGCUUGUUGCCAUCAUUCUUCUUCGGGCAACAACACCGAGAGAAGCAGCUUUUCUUCAGGAAGUUUUGGAGAUUCCUCUGAUUUCUCAUCUGAUGCCAAAUGGUGGCUCAAGGGAUCAACUGGAUUCGAUGAGGAGAUCACAAACUCCUUCUUAGAAGAUACCAAAUGCAAGAAAUUGCAAGAAUUCGUCGACUUGAUAGGGAUUGGUGAAGAAGAACAUGACUAUAGCUUUAUUAGCAAGAAAGAUAUAGCUACAACACCGUGGUGGAGAGCCACUACGGAUAAAGAUGAAUUAGCUCUCUUGGUGGCGACUAGAUCUUUUGAUCAUAACAUCCAAAACUGUGAUCUUCCUCCACCUCAGAAGCUCCACAAGAGGAUUCACUGCACCAGUGGCGAAAAGGGGUUUAAAACAGCCCUUAACCCGCCAUGGAAACAAGGAGUUUGGAGCGAGAGAUCUUUGAGUUGCAAUAGUAGAAGCACAGAGAGCAAGAACACGGGUAGUCCAAUGUCUUCUCCUAGGAGUGAUGAUCUAAGCAAAGCUCAGCUUUUGGAAGCACUAAGGCAUUCUCAAACCAGAGCAAGAGAAGCAGAGAAAGCUGCCAGAGAAGCUUGCGCAGAGAAAGACCGUGUGAUAACAAUCUUGUUGAGACAGGCGGGUCAGAUGUUGGCUUAUAAGCAAUGGUUAAAGCUUCUUGAAAUGGAAGCUCUUUAUGUGCAGAUGAGGAAGGAGGGGGAGGAAGAAGAAGAGCAGAUCAAAGGAAUGAAUCUGAAGAAGAGGAAACAGAGGGGGAAGAAGAAAAUGGGAGAGAUUGGGAGGUAUAUGGUGGCUUUUGCGUUAGGGUUUAGUCUCAUUGGUGCUGGUUUGCUCCUAGGCUGGACUGUUGGAUGGUUGUUUCCCUUCUAG